AGGGGGCGGGGCCGGGACCAGAGGGCGGCUCCUGUGGCGUGCACACCCGGAAGCGCGGCCGCGUCAGCGCUCAGAGCCGGUGGAGGCGUAGUCACCGCCGCAGCCACCACCUCCUCCUCAAUCAUGCCGAAGCACGAGUUCUCCGUGGAUAUGACCUGUGAAGGCUGCUCUAACGCAGUCACUCGAGUCCUCAACAAGCUAGGAGGAGUUCAAUUUGACAUUGACCUGCCCAACAAAAAGGUCUGCAUCAACUCUGAGCACAGCGUGGACACUUUGCUGGAGACCCUGGGGAAAACAGGAAAGGCUGUCUCCUACCUUGGCCCCAAGUAGAGAGGCCCCGUCCAGCAGCCUGCAGGAUGGACCAGCAUGGGCAGUGAAAUGAGGUGAUGCAUGCACACAGUGGGUGCUCAGCCUGGCUACUGUUAUCAUCACUGCAGGGUUUGGGGAAGAAGAUGGCUGGUUGUCCAGUCCAAUAUCCACACAACUCCCCACCCUGCCUCCCCCCAGUGGUGUGCCCCCAAGUCUUGGCCUGCACACCAGCCCUGAGAGAGAGCUCUACAAGCAACUGGCUCAACUCCGGACAGCUCUGGGCGGCGGGGAAAUUCUGGUGUUGAGCCCACAUGCACUUCCCUGGCACUUCUCACAAUGGAGGCUAGGUUUAUCAUGAUACUCAGGCGUCAGUCCAGCACCCCCAUGGUGGCACCUGGCCCACCCCCUCAGCUCUUCCUCCGGAACACAGCUGGAGUCAUCAGACCACCUGGUCACCAGCCUCCUUGUUAAUGCCCCCCCCCUUUUUUUUUAGCUGUACCUCAGGGCAGGUAGGAUCUUAGUUCCCUGACAAGGGAUCCAACUUGUGCCCCCUAGAGUGGAAGCAUGGAGUCUUAACCACUGAACUUCCAGGGAAGUCCUUGUUGAUGCCCUUUUGAUAGUGGAAGCCCAGAAAACACAAGAGGGCCAAGCAGCCCUGGGCCCCCACUGCUCCUAGGCCCACCCAUAUGGUUCAUGGCACCCGGCACAUUUGGAAGCGGAUCCCCUACCCCACUCCGCUUGACAUUUUGGGGAGUGGGUUCCUGAAUCCUAUGGCUCCAUAACAGGCCUGAGGCUACCCGGUCAGGCCGCUGCCCAUCUCAGACCUGACCCCUCCCCUGCUCAGUCACUGCCACUCCCAGGGCCCAGUUUGGAAACCAUCCUCCCUUAAGCAGCCACUGGUGGGUAUCUAACUCCUUUUUUUUUUUUUUUCCUGGUCUAAACAGAAGCUGUGGUUCCCUCUGUGUUCCUGGCAAUUAAAGAGGCCAGAAAAGCCACUGAGAUGGUAGGAAGGGCUAGAAGGAGAGGUGGAAGGUUAGAGGCUGGGGAAGCAGCCCAGAACCUCUAAGAGCUUCAAAUGCCCUCCAGCGCUGUGAGACAAGCUUCCCAGACCCUUCCAUCACCACCUCCUGCCUCUGCCUCCUCCACACACAAAACUCCAGAGGUAGCAGAGGCCUUGAGGAAUUCUAGAAUGUUAGAACUGGACAGCUCUUUAGAAAGAAAAACUCCUAAUGCCUCAUAAUGGAAAUAUCUAAGUUAUGAUGAUGAUACAGAAAUAAAACCAUCUUAUUCAUAAUUCA